AUGCUGUUAUGUUUUUACAAUGCAAUUUGGAUGUUUUAUAGUGGAGUACAAUUGCAUAAGAGAAAAUCUGAGAAAUAAUAGUAUAAAUUGGUAUGUAAAUGAGAAUUAAAAUAUAGUUGAGUGUGUUUGCAAAGUUAUGUUUUAUAACAUAGAUAACAUUUAUAAAUCUCAAGCUAAUAGAUUGGUUGUCAAUACAUUGGUUAUAUGCCUUUGUAAUAAUCUGGUUAUUUUUAUUGAUAGCAAUAUUUUUGGAAUUGAUAUCUCUAUUUAAUCUUUCUGCUUAAUUGAGUAAAUAUUUUAGCAGUAGUAAUGUGGAAGUAAAAGUGCAAAUGGGAACUAAAAUAAUAGGUUUAGUAUGGAUUUCAAUGUUUUUCUUUUGUUUUGCUGGAAUACCAACCUAUACAAUGAUUAAUUUGUGUCUAUAUUUAUAAAAUGAGGAUGGAGGAAAAAAUUAUUUACUGGCGAUAAUUGUAAGUGCAUUUUACACAAUUAUUUAUAUGGUGUAUACUAUAUAUCAUAAAGAACUGUUAACAUUAUUUAUAUUAAACUUACAUUACUUUACUCGUUUAAAUGAGGAUAGGAAUCAAGAUAGAUAGAUUCUUAGUUUUCCAAGUUCUAGAAGUCAAAAAAAGUUUGUAUAUUCAUUAAAAGAGAAUUCACAUAAAAAUAAUCAUUAAGAAUAUCCAACAUAAAUGGUGAAAAUAUCAAGCACUUAUUAUUUACCUGAUGAAUUAGUCAUGAAAAGACAUUAAACUGAAGUCAAUAUUAUUACUAGCAAAUAAGCUACAAUAACUGAAGUUGCUGUUCAAGAACCUACUAUGAAAUAAUGUUUUAAUUGUUUUCAAAGAUAAAGUUGUGUAGUCUAUAUGCCUUGUGGUCAUGGUGGUAUGUGUUCUGAAUGUGCUACUUAAUGGUUUAAUUAAAAUAAAGAAUGUCCUAUUUGUAGAAGUGUAAUUGAUAUUUAUUUAUAUGAAUUAGUUAAUCAAAGCUAUACUUCAAAUUGUAUAGAUUGAUGAAUAAACAGUGAAAGUUAUGGAAAUAAUUGCAUAAAACUGA